UUGCGUCUACUGGGCUGCGUGGAUCGAGAAGAACGUGUGACGCGAGAACACCGACGCACGGGUUUCGGUGUAAGUAUCACAAGUGCUUGUGAGAGCACACCCCUCCUGGGAUCUUUCCUUUGAUACAUUGACUGUGCGUUACGAGCCUGGCGUUGUGGCCUAUCGACCGCUCAGCGACAUGGAAUAGUGGUCGGGCGCUGUAACGAUGGUUCGAAGUAGUGACUAUCCACUCAUAAUGCUCACAAGCGCAGGGCCGGUCUCCAUUCUCUGCUCUUAUCCGUGACAGCUCCACAUCACGCACGGCUCCAGCUUCCAACUGCCAACAUUCGUUGUCCAGCGCUUACCAUCAUUGCCACCAACCACCCUAAGACAAGCAGAUCCUCACGAGACCUCAAAACGCAUCAUACCAACACCUCACAAGUGACAAGUGCAAAAGAAUGUGUAUCUGCACCAUCAUAGAACACCGCUGCACCCACUGUGAAGCCGUACUUUCGCGCAGCUACGACAUCUCCAGAUGCGAGAAUACACGCCGAGGGGCUAGGUGCUGCAACGUUGUCGAAAAUGAUCCAACGAUCCAAGUAAUCCGCACCACCAAAUGCUUCCGGUGCAGGGAGCAAGACCACAAACUACAUCCUACGAAGAACAUCCGGGAGCGUUACUACAACCGUUAGCUGGCCUGUAUCGGAGUACUGGUCGGGACCGGCACGGCGGUUGGGUCAUCGAGCUUCCGGAGUAGCGGCGCUAUGACUUAGGCGUGUCAAAGUUUGCAGCGAUGAGCAGGACAGUGGAGGUGUUGUUGACGCCAGUUCAUGCACAUAUGCGAUAGAGUCAAUGCAUGUCGAUCAUGUAUGAUCCGAGCGGAGGACUCAAAAUUACACCGAAAAGACUGUUACACACUCCGAUUAGGAAGUCCAGCG